AUGCUAAGUCCAGCAAAUCCAGCAGUAAUUGAAACAAUCGAUUCCAAAGGUUUAAUAAAAAGUCGAGAAAUAAUUCAAGGUGGUGAUGCAGGUGGUGUUUAUGUACCAAAAAGAAUUGGUAAUGAAGACCCCAAUAUACAUUAUGGUAUAGUUAUUGAUUGUGGAAGUAGUGGAUCAAGACUUUAUAUUUAUAUAUGGCCAGAACAUUCAGGAAAAGAAAAUGAAUUAUUACAAAUAAAACAGUUACUUGAUAAAGAAGGCAAACCAAUUGUAAAGAAACUUGAACCAGGUCUGUCAACAAUGGCAAAAACACCAGAAAAUGCAACAGAAUAUUUGAAAUCAUUAUUAGAUUUUGCUGCAGAAAUUGUUCCACCAGAUAAACAUCGUGACACUCCAUUAUAUAUACUUGCAACAGCUGGUCUUCGUUUUCUGACACCAAAUGAACAAAAAAAAUUACUUGAAGAUUUAUUUAAUGAUAUUGUUCGAGAUUAUAAUUUUCUGAUUGAAAAAACUCAUAUUCAAGUUAUUCCUGGAAAGUUAGAAGGUAUUUAUAGUUGGAUAGCAAUUAAUUAUGUACUUGGUCGUUUCCAAAGUAAUAGUACCGAUUCAAUAUCGGUAAGUAAUGGUCAAACGUUAUCUAUCUCAAAAAAACGACCAUCAACUGUUGGUAUUCUUGACAUGGGUGGUGCAUCAGCUCAAAUAGCUUUCGAAGUUUCAUCAGAUACACCAAUCGAAGGUGAAGAAAUAGCAGAAUUUUCUUUGGGUUAUGAUGAAAAUCAAGAAGGUUUUAAAUAUAGAAUAUAUGUUACAACAUUUCUUGGUUACGGUGCAAAUAAAGCAUUUGAAAAAUAUAUUCAACGAAUUAUUUCAAUAGCUCUUAAUUCUUCGACACCGAACUCAUCUCAUAUUCUAAUUGAUGAUGCUGAUUGUUUGCCUCACGGUUAUGCAGCAAAUUAUACACGAAAUAAUAAAACAAUAACAAUAAUAGGUGAAGGUGAUUUUCAUAGUUGUGCUAAACAUUUAGUUACAUUACUUAAUUUAAAUGCAACAUGUAAACGAAAACCAUGUUCACUUAAUGGAAUUUAUCAACCCAAAAUUAAUUAUGAAUCACAAGAUUUCUAUGGUUUCUCAGAGUUUUGGUAUACAAUGGAAGAUGUUUUAAAAAUCGGUGGACCUUAUACACGUUUAGCUUUUCUAAAUGCUUCAAAUAAUUAUUGUAAUGCAAAAUGGGCAGAUAUUCGACAAUGGUAUUCAAAUAAAUUAUUUCCCAAAGCUGAUUUAAAUCGCGUAUUAUUACAAUGUUUUAAAUCUGCUUGGCUGUACGCAUUCCUUCACGAUGGUCUUAAAUUUCCUGUUAACUAUCAACGUUUGCGUUCAGCUUCAUUAGUUAAUAAUAAUGAUGUUCAAUGGACAUUAGGUGCUAUUCUUUACAAAACUCGUUUUCUUCCAUUAAGAGCAAUUAAUCAAGUGAAAAGUACAAUGCAUUAUCGACGAACACAUACAGAUUCAACGAUAAUGAUUAUUUUAAUAGGUUCAAUGUUAUUAUUGUGUUUAUUGAUAUUUUAUCGAAAAACAUUACGAUCUAAAAUUCGAUCAGUUUUUUAUCGUCGUAAUGGUCUUUAUUCAUCAUCAUCAAGUAGUAAUUUUAAUCAACGUUAUCAAUUAUUAACAUCAAUUGUUAUUGAUAGUUCACCAUCUUUUUCAAAUAUAUAUACAAAUGGAAAACCAUUAAACACAUCAUCGUUUUCAUAUACUGAACGAUUAAGAAGUGUUUGA